AUGCGCAAAUUCCGCAUGACCCAAACAGUAGCCAGAACAGUGCUCAUGACCCGAAGUUGGAUACGCCCUUACUUGUGCACUUGGUCACUGCAUGGUGCUGUUACUUGUGCACUACAUGGUGCUGCUCAACUACUAUUCUUGGUAAGAUCAUACAGGUGGAAGAUAUGGGAGGAGAUUUUCUGCCACUCUUUGCCUCAAGGGCUGGCACGCAUGCUACGAGGAGGCCAUGCUGGAGAACUGGGUGCUGCAUCUCGAGGUGUUGAGUCCACUGUUAGUGACCCUGUUACCCUAUUAUCCCAUCACUACGCCUCUGCAGGCUACGAGGACAUGCUGGAGAACUGGGUGCUGCAUCUGCAGGCGUUGAGUACAUUGUGUUACCCUGUGUCUCGCUUUGCCUGUCUGUCAUUGUGCGGGUGCCCAGGCUACGAGGACAUGCUGGAGAACUGGGUGCUGCAUCUGCAGCGGGUGGGGCUGGGUCGGCACUUCAUAGUCUUUGCUGCCGACAGCAAGAGCCUCGAGUUCGCCCACUCCAAGUGGCCUGGCCAGGCCAUACACCUCGACCUGAGCGGGCAGUUUGGUCAAGAGGAGAGGGCGGACGUGGAGGGGGCAUCGGUCAUCGGGUCAGCAGCCUUUCACCGCGUGGCAUCCCACAGGGCCAUCUACAUCCACCACCUCCUCUCCUUUGGCUUCUCCGUGCUCUACAGCGAUAUCGACAUCGCCUUCCUGCACAACCCCCUCCCCUUCUUCCAAAAACCUGCCGAUGCUAAUAGCAUCGUAGAGGACAGCCUUGGCGAGACCCCAGGGAUGCUGGAGAGGGGGAGAGAGGAGGGCAGCGCAGGGGGAAAGGAGGGCAAGGGGGGGGAGGCCCGGGUGGGGGAGGCGCUGGCAGGAGGGGGAGGGGGAGCGUCAGGGGGGAGUGGUGGGGAGGGAGGGGUGGAUUGGGAGGCGGAGGUGUUGGGAGCGGUGGAGCCGUGGGUAGGGGAGCAUCUGGGGGAAUUGGAGGGGAAGGGGACGCGGAUCAAGGGCGCUGCUGGCAUGGUGAUUGUUACAGUUGCCUGCGAUGGCCAGGAGGCGUUGUUCCGCAACUGGUUCACCCACAUGGGCCGCAUCCCUUCUCUCGGCAACAUUGUGCUCGCUUCCGUGCCUCCUCAGAUGCACACACCUGGGGGGCAUGUGAUCCCUCGCUCCAGUGAAAGCUUGUCGCCUCGAGUGGCCAGAGCCACAUGCCUGCUACUGCCGCCCCUCAUCAUAGCCCGCUUGCUGGCUGCCAUUGUGACCGUCCUCUACAGCCUACUCCCUCAUGCUGCCCUCCCUCUCCCACCAAGACCAGCCGCCGCCACAGCAGCAGCAGCAGCAGCAGCGGCCCCUGCACCCACCAACAUUACCGUCCUAACGCCAUCCCUUCUAGGGUCCCUCUCUCCUUGGCUCAUGGCUCUUCGCCCCUCCCCUGCUGUGCAAGCCAUGGUGCACCGCUGGGCUGUUGGGGCUUUAAGGGGGUAUGUGACGGCAGGUGCGGCAGCAGCAAGGGGUGGUUCGGGUGUGUUUUCUGGUUCGGAGGUUCUUAGCAUGGCGCUGAAUCACGCCGUGGCUGAGAUGGUUCGGGGAGUGAGGCUCGUGGGAGUCGAAGAGGAUAGUUUCGGUGGAGGUUCGGAAGGAGGUCCGAGAGGUGGAAUGGAAGCAGGUGCGGAAGCAGGUACGGGAGGAGUCACAGAGGAUACAGGAGAGGGGCGAAGUGUAGCAAGCGUGGGGGUGCUGCCAGAGCAGUUAUUCCCGCCUGGGUGGAAGGCGGUGGGGGAUAGGGCAUGGCUGGAGGCGCAUAGGAAGGAGAUAGUGGCCGUGCAGGCGCAUAUCCUUGGUAAUAGCAAGGACAUUAGAGCAUGCAAGAAAGUGUCAGCAGAGGCUAAGGUUGAAGUGCGUACAGCGGCAUCAGCCAAGUCUAGUGAGCAGGAAGCUAAGCGGAUCGCCUCGAAGCGCACGAUGGACGCGUUUAGCAAGGAGACAACCGGGAUCGUUGCUAGUUCUAGUACACCAAGCAAGCGCCCGGCAAAUCAGAAAACGUUGCUCGAAUGUCGGCCUACAGGUGCAAAUCUCGCAAGCGCGCAGCAGGCGGUUGCAACGUUUUUCCACGUUUGCCACAUUGCCCCCAAUGUAGCGGAGCACGCCGCUUUCAAGUCUAUGUUGAGGAAAGUGGAGGCAGGUGGUCCUGGAUUUCCAACACCUACUCGAAAGCUGAUCAUGGGCCGGCUCUUGCAAGAUUGCAAGGAUACCACGGACGACGCGUUGAAACCGAUCAAGGACUCAUGGAGCGACAUUGGUGUGAGCAUUGCUACUGACGGAUGGACAGAUAUCUCUAGCCGCCCACAGAUGAACUUCCUAGCAGUGAACACGAAGGGAGCUGUCUUAUUGUUCGGCGUUGAUUGCGGUACAAAGAAGAAGGGCGGCGAGUACAUUGCCGAACACCUCAAGAGAGCCAUCGGCAUGGUUGGAGCAGAGAAUGUGGUGGGGCUGCUAAUGGAUGGCGCAAGCAACAACAUUAGCGCAGCCAACAUCGUGAAGGCGGAAUUUCCAAAGGUGGAAUACAUCCGUUGCGCGGCUCACAGCCUCAACAAUCUGAUGAAAGACAUUGGGGGGCGCAAAUGGGCUGCCAAAAUCAUUGGCAAGGCGCAAGACCUGAUUUCGGUUUUGAAGAAGGCACAUUGGAUCACCGGCUACUUCCGUGAGAAAAAAUCUCUCAUGCUGCUUAAGCCCGCUGGCACACGCUUUGGAACAAACUAUAUAGCGCUGCAACGUUUGCUGGAUGUGCGUCCUGUACUUGACCAAAUGGUGCUGACCACAGGGUGGGCUGCCCAGGCACAUGGGAAGAAGCGAAUGGUUGCGGCACGCGGCGUGAUUAGGGAUGACCAUUUUUGGGAGGGGGUGGAGAGGGUGGUACGUGUCUUGAAGCCGAUUUACAUGCUCUUGAGGGCGCUUGAUGGAAAUCAGGAGGUAAUGGGGAAGAUGUAUGACAUGAUGCUGGAUUUAGAGGAGAGUAUGAAGGCGGCUUGCAGCUGCCUGAGGAGCAAGGAGAGCAAGUGGAUUUUGGGGGCCGUGCGGCGUCGCUGGAAUAAGAACAUCAACUGCGCCUUACAUGUGGUGGGUCGGAUUUUGUAUCCACCAAAUCAAUACGAGAAGAUCUUCGGCAGGGACAUUGAGUGCACUAGGAUCUUCAAGCAGUUCAUAAGGGAUUACUAUAACGGGGAGUACGUGGUGGAUAAGGAUGGCACGAAGUUUCCAAUGGCGACCAUUGUUGAGAGGGAGAUUGUUAUUUAUGUGAAGGGAGAAGGGGCCAUUGGUGAGCCGAAGGCAAGGGCAGAUCUCGAGCUCGUGAAGGUGGGCAAGUUGGACCCAACUCAUUGGUGGGAGUAUAGUGGGGAGCAGCACUGCCCCAACCUUGCUAAAAUGGCUUGCAAGGUUCUCAAGCAGUGUGUUUCUGCUUCCGCGUGUGAAACCAAUUGGGGGGUUUGGGAAUCCAUCCACACCGCGCGGCGAAACCGCCUAGGACCCAAGCGCCUCGAAGACCUUGUCUACGUGACACACAAUUACAACACAGUAUGUAAGGUGCAUGAGGAGCAUGAGAAGCGGUUCUUCAAGGCUGGCCACGAAUCCAUUCAGAUUGAGGAACAGCAGCAAGAUCCUUAUAAACCGCUCGACGAUGACGACAUCCCCGAUGAUGCUUACAUGGAAGAUGAAGAGGAGGAAGAGGAGGCGGAUAAGGAGGAGGAAAAGCAGGAGGAUGGAGGAGGAAAGGGGGGGGAGGAGGAGGAGGAGGAGGAGGAGGAGGAGGAGGAGGAGGAGGAUGAAGAGGAAGAAGAUGAGUAG